GCUAUGCGAAGAUCGAUUGGCCUAUUGGUAGUACCGUCAGCCAGAUCCUCUCAGCCUUCCACUGACGAGGCUGAAACGCACACCGCUCAGAACCAUUCUACCCUUCUACCCUCCCUUUCCGACUUCUUAAAAACAUGUCUGGUUGAACAGGAAUCACGGCUUAGACUGAGUAUUUCGCUUCCUGUCCAGGGUUGGAUUCUAGACGCGUUCAUGAUGUCGACGCUAUACCAGGUGCACCCACUUCCACUAAACUCCAAAUCCACUCGUGUCCUAGACAUUCUGCCUGUACCUUCAUCUGUCCCACACCCCGAUGACGAGCCGAUCAAAUGCAAUUUGCGUGUCAUCGACUUGGACGACCGUCCGGACUUCACGGCAUUGUCAUACGUUUGGGGCGCCCCAGUACCGAAACCACACUCCAUCAUCUGCGAUGAGACUACAGUCAAUAUCACUAGCAACUGUCAUUCCGCUUUGAGACAUCUGCGAAAAAAGUUCGGCAAAGUCACUAUCUGGGUUGAUGCGGUUGCAAUAAAUCAACAUGACGAAGACGAAAAGCUGCACCAAAUCCCUCUCAUGGGUGAUAUCUACUCGAAUGCUGCAUCUGUCUAUGUCUGGCUAGGAGAUGGAACAUCAGGAACAGACCGAGCGAUGUGGUUUAUGGCGACUUCUUCUUUCGACAAAUACCACACGAUCGCAGCAAGCGGUAAACGAAGAUCGCGUCCUUUUGCUGCGGCCUGGUCCCUUUGGAGCGCGAGAUGGAGCCGCACUAGACACCCGUUUCCAUUCACGCAAGCACCACAUGAUGGUUUAACUGCCAAGAUGUUGAGAUCUGUUAUGCGUGGAUCCUUCCCCGAAAUUGACAACACUGGAAAAUACACAACAUUACAAGAUGUCCACGACCUUCUAUCAAAGGAAUGGAUCUGUCGCCUGUGGACAUAUCAAGAGAUACUACUUGCCUCAAAUCCGAUUGUGGUAUGCGGAGAUAAGCAUGUGAUAUGGGCCAGGUUCGAACGGAGCAUCCUGUUUCUCAAGAUCAUAUCCACGCUAGACAUGCAAGAAGCAACAGAACCAUGGGCAAGCCUUGUUUAUAGUAGGGAGCAACUUCAAACACCAAAGAUCAACUCUCUGAUGCCAACUACAUCCGCUUUAAGAGAGUUCAGCCUUUUCGUUACAGAGACCUACCAAGCUGCUUUCACAAUUGAGUCGUUCAUGGCUUUGUGCUCAAUACUUGGCGCCGCUGUUAUGCUGUAUCUACGCGUCCUGACGAAAAUCAGUCUUUUGAUCGUUCCUUACUUUUUGUUUUUGGUUGUGUGGAUGAUAUUCUUGUUGCAGGCCAUGGAUAUCCAUCAUCGCCUUACGUUGAUGUAUGUUCCAAAGGCUAUGACUCAGGAAUUUGCACAUGGACUUUAUUCUCGCCGGGCGAAAAAACCACGGGAUAUGGCUUUUGGUAUGUGGGCUGUACUUCAAAGAGGAGGCGCCAUCAAUCUCCCGUUACCGAGCGACUUGCACGAUAUUGGCAGUGUGUACUGGACCUUGGCUAUCCAUCUAAUCCAAACGACCAAUUCGCUCGCCACACUUCUCAUUGCUGCAGCGCGAGCUUGUCCCAACAAGCCCUCUUGGGUACCGGACUGGUCCGCUAACACUCAACACGGAUGGAGCCGUAGCCUUUGGGGACUUCAGAGUACCGAUAAACAUGGGAAGAAUAUCAUCGCGCAAAGGCAUUCGUCGGAGUAUCAGACAACAACUGUAUCAGAACCGACAAAAUAUUUUCGUUUCGACGAGACACAAACAAUCAUCCAUGUCCGCGCCUACUACGUUGGCGACAUCAGUACAUGUGCACAUUUCCAGGAGACGGAUCCGGAGUCAACACUCUCACAGAGGGAUGCUCACAUUAACAACUUUCGCUCGAUACUUGCAUUAUGGACCACAGACGGUUAUCCAUGUCGUCGCGCCUAUGAGGACAUACUCAUACUAUGUGGUCUCGGUGCUCGAUCCAUGGGGGUAUUUGAGAAGUAUGUACGACUGACCGAUAAGAAGUAUCCGGAAUGGCGUGCGAUAUGCAAGUGGCCAGGUUUCCUCAUGUAUCAACAGGGGAGAGAUCCUUCGGAAAUACUCGAUCACUUGGAAAGCCAACAACACCUAACAUACGGCAAUUGGUUUAAACUUACUAGAGGGCAUGUGCAAUCUCGGGACAUUCUCUCAACGCAUAUUGCCAUAUGCAAUUUCUUUGCUCAAAGCAAAAGAAUACUGUCGCGUGUGCAAUUGCACAGUGAACCUGGUACACCGACUGUACUGGGUUUAUGCUCGCAGAAUGCUCAAGUCGGUGACCAAAUCGUGCGUGUCGAAGGAGUACCGCAGCUUCUAGUCGUUCGUCCAUGUACUGGAGCGGGAAAUUCAGUCAAGAUUGUGAGUCCGGUAGUGCUGCAAACACGAUCCAAGAGUGUUUGGAGCAGAAUCACCAGGAAGCAGACGGAACCACUGUAUGUUGAAUACAACAUACAUUGA